AUGUAGCAGUACUAUAAUCAUAAUUUACAUAAGUUAAUUUGCAUGUCCAUGUACAUAUUGCAAGAAUAAAAAAGAGCAAUAACAACCCUCACCCCAUGAUUUUAAUUAAAUUGAAAAAGAAAACGAUAUGUUAAAAGCAGAAAUUGCAAGGCUGCAAUCCUAUGCAAACUCUAAAGGUAUAAUUAAGAUAUAUUAUAGUUCCUGAAUUUUAAUAAUUGUUAAGAGAUAAUUAACAAAUGAAAAAGACAUUGGACCAGAUGAAUUAAUAGAUUAAGGAAUAUGAAGAAGAAAUUUAGAGAUAAAAGCAAGUUAUAGACAGAUUAAAUUUUGAUCUAGAUAAAUAAAAGAGAGAUAAUGAAUAGUUAUUACAAGCUUUGAAUGAUAUUAAACAGAGAGGUUUAUCAUAGGAACAAACACUGUUGUAAGAUAAUUAAAGAAUGAAAUCUACAAUUGAUUCUUUGAAUAAUGAUUUAAGAAGUUUGUAAUAAGAAGUUUAUAGAUUGAAAUCAUAAAAUGAUAAAUCUAGAUACAUCUAAGAUGAAUCAUACCGUUAUUAAUAAGAAAAUUAAGCUAAUAUAGCUAGAAUCCGUUAAUUAGAAAUGCAAAUAAGAGACUUAAUUUCUAAAGAAGAAAGUUAUUAGCUCUAAAUCACAAGAGCUACUUAAGGACCUAAUCCUGAGAAUUAAUUAUUGAAAGAUUAGAUAGCUUAAUUGAAUUAAUAAUUGCAUAUGAUGUAAAAGUAAUAUUAAAAGUAAUUGGAUGAUACUAGAUUAGAACAUGAUAGAAUGAUUGCAGAAUAAAGAAAUACUAUAAAUGUAUAAAUAAAAGAUCAAUUGCAUAGAGAUUAAUAAAAGUGGAUGGAUGAAAGGGAAGCAUUGCUUCAUGAAAUUUAAUUAUUGAAAUAAUAAUUAGCUUCAAAUGAGUUGUAAAUAACAAGAAGAAGGUAAUUAUUGGAAGAUGAAGCAAAUAAAAAUUAAUAGUUGAUUGUAGAGUUAGAACAAGGAAAAAGUUAACUUUAAAAUAAAUUGAAAGAUAUUCAAAUCCAAUUAUAAUAGUCUGAAAAAGACAAGAUGAGAACAGAUUAGUAUUUGAGAAAAAUUGAUGAAUUAUAGUUGUAGGUUGAAUAAUUGUAAAGAUAAUUAUAUGAUCUGACAAAUAAAUACAAUAAUUUAUUGAGUCAAUAUGAUUAGAAAAAGUAUUAGUUUGAAUAAUUGAAUGUUUAAUUGAAUGCCAGCUAAGAUAAUGAAAAAUAAAAGAUUAUAAAUUUGGAAAGAUAAAUUAGAGAAUUAUAAGAUUAAUUGGCUGAUAUGUAAAGAUUAAGAUAGCAACUGCAUUAGAUGAAUGAAAAUUACACAGCUUUAUAAAUUACUUUCAAGAAUUCACAAAAGUAGUUAUCAGAAGCUGAUGAACUAAGAUAAGAACUAGAUGCCUUAUUAUAAGAAUUAGAAUAUUAUAAACAAUUAGAAAUGAAAAAUAAAUAGGAUUUAGAAAAAUAUAAGUAGUAACUAAUUUUAAUAGAAAAUAAGUAAAGUUAACAAGCUAAUUAUGAACUUGAAAAAUUAAGAUAGAGUAACUAAUUAUUGGUUGAUGAAUUAAAUGAAUUGAAGAAUAGAAAUAAAUAAUUGGAAGCCAAAUUAUAAUAAUAAAUUAUUCUUUUAAAUCAAGCACAAAAUGAUUUAUAAGCUCAUCAAGCUUUAAGCGAGAAAUAAUAAUAUGCUUUGAAUGAGAGUAAUCAAUUAAGAGCUAAGAUUAAAGAACUCUUAGAUUAAAUUUAAUAUUUAGAAAAGGAAUUAAAAAAAAAAGAUAAACUAAUAUAAGAUUUAUAAGUAAAUUUAGAUUAAUUUGGUAAAUAAAGAGAUUCAUUUAUAUUAAUUGAAAAGGAGAAAAAAGAUUUUGAGUAUCGAAUUAUAUAAUUGGAAAAAUAAUUAGCUGAAUCAAAUAUGUACAAAACAUAAUUUUUAGAUUUAUAAAAUAAAUAUAACAAUUUGGUUUAAGAAUAUGAAAGCCUUAGAAAAGAUUAUGAAAUUUUAAGAUACAAAUACGAUGAAAUAAAUAAUUAAUAUUCUUAAUCGAAAAAACAAAUCAAUAUAUAAAUAAAUAGUGAAUUGGAUGCACUAAAAUCUGAAAUGCAAACAUGGAUUAUUAAAUGCAAAACUUAUGAAAGCGAAAUCAGUUUUUUAAGAUCUACAAUCAAUGAUUAUUAAGAUAUAGAAUAAGAGUAAGAGAUGUUGAAAUCAGAUUUAGAAGCUUGGUAAAUUAAGUUUGCAGAAGCAGAUCGAGAGAGAAUCUAAUUAAGAUAAAAUACUUAAGAUAAUGAAAAAUUUAGAUUUAAAGUUAGUGAACUUGAAAGAGAAAUACAGAAUUCUAAAUACAAAAUUGAGAAUGCUGAAAAAGAACGAGAUAAUAUAAGAUAAUAAUUAAUAGUUCUAUAAUAGUAAAGAAAUUAAAAUGAUUAAAUAAAAAAAGAAUAUGAUUCUCUUAAUUUUAAAUUAUAAGAAUUAGACCAAGAAAAUCAUUAAUUAAAAUAUGAAAUUGAAAAUCUAAGGUAAUAAUUGAUAUCAUUUUAAUAAUUAAAAUAAUAAUUAAUAUUAAUAGAGUAGGAGAAAGCUUAAUUGUUACACCAGAAUGAUGAAUUUGAAAGGGAAAGAUAAUUAUUAAAAUAACAGAUUUCUAGUACAAAUAAUAUUAAAAUGGAGUCUGAUAGUUUAAGGAGAGAGUAUGAAAUGCUUAGAAUGAAAUUGGAAUCAAGUGAUAGAGAGAUAUAAACUUUGAGAUAAUAACUCACAAUGGCAAAUAAUCAAAAAUUAGAAUAUGAUAGAUUGAAAUCAGAAUACUAGCAAUUUAGAAUGAGUUUCGAAGAUUCAGAGAGAGAAAAAUAAAGUUUAAAAUAAUAAUUAUAAAUGGGAAGUAAUCUAAGGAUUGAAUUAGAUUAAUUUAGAAAAGAAUAUGAUCUAAUUAGAUUAAAGUUUGAAGAAAGUGAGAAGGAAAAAAACUAAUUAAAAAUACAGUAUCAAAGUAGCCAAAGUAAUUUUAAUGGAUAUAAAAUUUAAAUUGAAUAAUUGAAUUAAUAAAUAAGUUAAUAUUAAUAGUAAGAGGUGGUCAAGAAGAGAGAGAUUGAAACGUUGGUCUAAUAAAUAGAUAUUUAUAAGAAAGAUUAAUUAAAUAAAUAGUAAUAAAUAUAAGAAUAUUAAUUCAAAUAUUAGGAAAUUAUGAAAGAAUAUGAGAAUUUAUAAAGUAAAUAAAAAAAUAUUGAUGUUGAUGCUCUGAUGUAUGAAAUAUAUGAAUUGAAGAAGUAAUUAGCUUAAAAAGACAAAUAAUAUGAAUAUGAGAGACAAGAAAUUAAUGAUUAAAAGUUUCAGUUAGAAAGAAGUGUAAAAAUUAGAGUGGAAUAGGAGAUCAAAACUUUGAAUGAGAAAUUUUAGAUUGAAUUGAAUGAAUUAAGAAGGUAAAUCUAAAUUGAAAAAUAGGAAAAAACAAAGAUUGAAUCUGAAAUGAGAAUUAAAUAUGAAUAGUAGAUAAUAUAGCUUUAAUAAUAAAUUAAACCAUCAGUAGAUGUAGAUGCUUUAAUGUAUUAGAUAUUUGAAUUAAAAAAGUAAGUUAAUACAAAAGAUUAACAAAUAGAAUAAAUAAAAAAAGAAUAAUAUCAAAUUAAAAUUUAAUUGGAACAGAGAUUUAAUGAACAAAAGUUACAAUUUGAAUAAGAAGUUAAAAUGAAAUUAGAAAGGGAAUUGAGGAUUUCUAUUGAAUAAGAUUUAAGGUAUUAGAUUGAAAAUGAAUAUAACUUCGAAUCAAAUAUUUAAGACUUUAUUCUUUAGAUUGAAAAAUGGAAGUCAGUUUGUUCUAUGAGAGAUGAAGAGAUAAUACAUUUAAGGGGGUUACAGUAGGCUUUGAAAGAAAAAUUAAAUCAAUAUACAUCUGAAAUUGAAUCUUUGAGGACUCAGCUAGCUUUAGUCUAGGGAGAUAGAAGAAACGUGUAUUAAAUAAAAUGAUAUAAUACAAUAUUUUUUAUGAAGG